GGAAAAAGUUUGGUUCAUUGCAUCAUUCCAUGUAACCCUCUCUCUCUAGAAAAGGAAAGCCCAAAUUUAAUAAAGAGAGAGAGAAAAUAGACCCCACCACUUGAAACAAAAGAUAUGCAUAUGAUAUAACAAUACACACACUAGUAUUACUUGUGCACAUUUACACCCUCACUUUCUCUCUCUUGUUCCUCUUUUUGCCCUGUUCUACAGGGUUUCUUCCAUGCUCUCCUUUCUUUGAUUCUUUUUUUUUUUCUUCCUCUCCCUCUCAUGCAUUCAGUUCUUCUCUUGGCCCUAUUGAUUGCGUUUUUCUUGCUUGAUCUGCUCGUUUUUGCUCUCACCAGAGGGUUUUUUGGGUCUGGAUUUGAGGUUUCCACGCCUUUCACAUGUCAGAAGUCUUCGAUUUCAGUGAUGUUGGCGCUUUUCGCCCCGGUUUUCUCCCGAAUCCGAAGGACUCGAGUCUGUUUUUGUCCCCUGCUAGCCUUGUGGAUCUGUAUGUUUUGCCUCGCAAAAGAUCUCGUGUCUGCGCCCCAUUUGUUGUCUCUCAGGAAGCAAAGCCAAAGCCAUCGAUUGAAGUUCUUCCUGAUGAGUGCCUCUUCGAGGUUUUCAGACGUCUUCCUGGAGGCAAGCAGAGGAGUGCUUGUGCCUGUGUGUCGAAGCGCUGGCUCAUGCUUUUGAGUAGCAUUACAAGGGACGAGAUAUGCGCUCCUCAAGUCGCUCAAUCUGCCCAGCUCGAGACCCAGUCUAAACCUCAGGAGUCAGAUGGUUCUUUUGAGGUUAAGGGGAAGUGUGAAUUUGAUGGUGUGGAUGGAAUUAGGUCCGAUGAAGAAAAAUCUAAUGGAUUUCUCUCUAGAUGCUUGGAGGGGAAAAAGGCAACGGAUGUGAGACUUGCUUCCAUAGCUGUUGGGACUGCAAGCCGUGGAGGUCUGGGAAAGCUUUCCAUCCGAGGAAGUGCUUCUACUCGUGGGCUGACAGAUCUUGGUCUGAAGGCCAUAUCCCGCGGUUCCCCCUCUUUAAGAACUGUUUCCCUUUGGAACCUAUCUUCGAUUUCUGAUGAAGGAUUGAGUGACUUGGCAAAUGGGUGUCGUUCUAUUGAGAAAAUCGACUUCUGCAAUUGCCCUGCGAUUACUGACAAAGGUCUAACUGCAAUUGCAAUGAACUGCCCGAAUCUGAUGUCAGUUACGGUGGAAUCUUGCUCAAACAUUGGUAACGAGAGUCUACAAGCUUUGGGCCGCUUCUGCCCCAAUCUCAAGUGCGUGACUAUUAAAAACUGCCCACUUGUUGGUGACCAGGGAAUCGCCGGUCUAUUUACAUCAGCUGGUCACAUCCUGACGAAAGCAAAACUCGAGUCACUCAACAUUACGGAUGUAUCCCUUGCUGUUAUCGGACACUAUGGGAGAGAAAUGACUGAUAUUUCACUCACUGACCUACAAAAUGUGAACGAGAGGGGUUUCUGGGUGAUGGGUAAGGGUCAAGGUCUGCAAAAGGUGAGAUCUUUAUCGAUAACUUCUUGCCCGGGAGCCUCUGAUUUAGGGCUUGAAGCUGUGAGUCAAGGUUGCCCCAAUCUCAAAAUGUUUGCCCUCAGAAAAUGCCUCCGGGUUUCUGACAAUGGAGUCGUCUCCUUUGCCAAAGGUGCUGCUGAUUCACUUGAAAGCCUUCAAAUAGAGGAGUGCCACGUGAUCACACAACGUGGCUUCUUUGGUAUCCUUGCAAACUGCGGUGAGAAAUUGAAGGCUCUUGCAGUGGCGAACUGCUUGGGGAUUCGAGACUUGAACUUUGGAUUCCCGUUGACAUCUUGUUGCGACUCCCUCAGAUCACUGACCAUCCGCAACUGCCCUGGAUUUGGCGAUUCCAGCUUGAGCUUGUUGGGUAGAAUCUGCCGCAAACUGACUCAUGUCGAUCUUAGUGGACUCGAGAGUAUAACAGAUGCUGGCAUCGUACCCCUCGUCCAGAGCUCCGAGGCCGGUCUAGUGAAGGUCAAUCUGAGUAAAUGUGUCAACCUAUCGGACAGUUCCGUCUCAGCCAUUGCAAAGAUUCACGGGGAAACUCUCGAGCUCUUGAACCUUGAUGGCUGCAGACGCAUCACUGACACGAGCUUGGUGGAAAUCGCUAGGAACUGCCUGUCACUCGGUGAACUGGAUGUUUCCCACUCCGGGAUAACAGAUUAUGGAGUAACAGCCUUGGCAGCGGCCGAGCAGAUGAAUUUGCAGAUAUUUUCUGUUGUGGGCUGCUCUUUGAUAUCCGACAAGAGCCUGCCUUGUCUGCUCGCUUUGGGCAAGACGCUGGUGGGGCUGAACAUCCAGCGCUGCCGUGGAAUCAGCUUUGGCGCCACCAGCAUUCUCCUCGAUCAACUGUGGAGGUGCGACAUACUCUAUUAAGCUGAAGCAUCAAACCUUGAUGAUAAGGUUCAUCUCUUACUUAGUAAAAGCUUUUAAGUAUAGCAGUGUCCGUCGUUUUUGGGUCCGUUGGGAGGUGUUGAAAAUCGUUACAGUCCACAAGUCUCGCCUUUUUUUCCAGCCAAGGUAGCCCGGUGCUACGUUUUUGCAGCUUUCUUGAUACCAAGAAAGCUGUUUGCAGGAUGGCUUCGUCUCUAUUGACCGGAGCCAUCCUUUUUAAGUACCCUACGCUCGGCUGAGAACUCUGCAGCAGUGGACUAUCGAUGGUUUUGAUGAUCCUUCCAACGGUCGUAUCUUAAUUUAGUGUGGAUGCAUAUAUGUGUGAUGGAGUGGCUGUUUUAGGGUUGCUGCUUUUGGCAGUUGUCGUUUGUUGCGUUGCUUCCCGGGGCUUUGGCCGUGGCAGCGAGUUUUUUGCUGCCACGACGACCUCUUUUUGUCGUUUUUUGUUUUCCAAAGCCCCGGUUUUGCAGGUUUCUCCUGUGUUGAGCUGUCUCGUGCAACCUUCUUGUUAAUGUAACGCUCCGAGCUCUGUUUUCGUCUCGUUUUUAUGUUGAUGAAUAAAAGCCUCUACGGCAGUGUGUUUGUGGAAAA